ACUGUUCCCGGCGUUAAAUAUACGUAACCAUAAUAGCAAUAUUAGUCGUGGAUGCAGUUACCCUAGAAUGGGGUCGAAGAUAAUUAUUUUAUACGGAAUACCACAGCACAUUAUAAAAUUAUGUGAUGUCAUAUCAUAGAAUACUCUCAGCGUUGCAAAUAAGGCAUUUCGUCAAGUACACAAUGGUCACAAAUCAUUUUUUCUGUCCGUAUUUCCUCAGUGAGUUAAGUCCAAGUAACCAGUGAAGAACUUAUUGCUAUAAGGUUUUCCGGAAUCUAAAACAAACAGCAAAACACAUGGCGUCAAAACAGUCAGAAGGAGGAUGCUGGCCACCCAUACCAACAUCCUCUCCCUUGCUUCUUAGCACAAGCAUCUACAGCGGCAACCAGGACACUACAAUGGCGAUGAGGAUAAUUCAGUGGCGAUUGAAGAUUCGUGGCCUCACAAGACUGCGUGGCCUUCGCUGCUGCCCACUGUUGCCCCAAGGAAGCCCCAGGAGGAAUGGAUGGACCAUGCAUCCAUGCCCCCGCCGUCCCUGCUUGCUGACCCAAUGGACAUGGACCCACCAUCGCCCCAGGACAUGCCCUCAGGGCUGAACGUGUGCCCUGGCAGCAGUUUUCAGGAGGAUGUUCCUAUUGCCUUGCAAGCCAAAUGGCUACAGUUGGGAGUACGCCGUUCUCCACAGUCAUGGAUCAUCUCUACACCCAGCAUCCUGCGGUGCUACACUGUUGUUUGCAUCCUCCCAACAAGACAGUGGUGCGACAUUUCGAGGGGAAGGAAUAUGCUGGAGUAAAGUGUCACCAGCACACUUGUCGGCAAAGAUGUAUUGUGAAGAUCGAUAGUAGGCGCUGUAUCAAGUGUGCCUAUUAGGAGAGAGGUCAAAGAUACACCGAAAAGUAACACGCCACCAACGUCCUCUUGACAGCAAGUACUUAGAUCACCGCCGCUGACCGGAGGGCCUCAGUCACUAACUCACUGUCACUGACUCACUGGCUCCCUCAGGCUGUGACAGUGCGUAGUGACCAGAUCGAGACUAGCAGUGAGACUAAAGUUUAUAAUAGCAACAUUAUCAUUAUUGUCUACAGGAGAACUAUUACUGAAGAGCUUGUACCACAACACAUGGACUCAAUUCCAGUUAAGUAAAACUUACAGUUCAUGUAAAUAAAGAACCAUAUUAAUAUA